UCUUAAUAAUUAAUUAUGACCGUCUGACCCUCCCUUCACUCGAUGAAAUGAAUCAAGUACUGAGAUCUUCUCCCUUGCUUCAACUACCAAACCCAACGCCACCACCACCACCAUCCUUAUCCCCCAGGUUUAUUAUAAAGGUAAUUGGCAAAGAUGAUGAAUUGGAAAUUUCAGAGAUACCGAAUGGCGUGAUUCAUUUUCAAGAAAGAUUAGUAGUAGUACGACUUGUCCAUUUUCAUAGGAAGGAGGAGGAAUUCGACAUGCCGCCUAUACAGAAAUUAUAUGAGGCUUGCAAAUUAUCGUUCUCUCCUAAUGGACCUAUUUCUGAAGAAGCUCUCCAGAAAGUAAGGGCGAUGUUAGGUUAA